AUCUUCAAACUCUCGCACCCAGAAUUCCGACUACUACAAUGGAGCUUCACACGCCUCCAAAACCCUAGAAAUAAACUGCAAGAAUCAAUUGCUUGGAGAAUUUAUUUGAUUUUCCAUUUUCUCUGGGUCCAAACACACUGCGAUGACCCCUGUGUGAUCCACUCAAAUGUGAAUCGCAUGGCGUAAUGUUUUUGUCACCAUGAACAUCGUUUCCAUUUAAUUUUUUUCCCUUCUACUGAAAUUUGUUCUUUCUUGAUGUUAUGAUUAUCGCAGUUCUUUACCUACCAGUUCUCAGAAAUUUAUCUCUCAUUUGGAGAAAUGGGUGAUCUUUUGUGACUGGUGCUGCAAAUAUCCAGUGGGAUAUAUUAUUAUUACUGAUUCUUGCUGGUCAACCCAGGUCCGGGGGUGUGAGGGAAGAGCUGCAUUGAUUGGAAUUUCAUGGAGAGUGGCAAUGUAGUAGGGGAUGAUCAAAGCUCCGGUUGGAAGAAAGUGAAAAAGAAGCAUAGAAGUGGUUCAAAGUGCACAACACACAGUGGGACUGGGGGACUGACUGGGAUCUCUGAUUCUUUUGCCCCUUGUAAUGGUUUGUUAGAUGUUAAUUGUGAGAAGAAUGAAAGCGCCAGCCUACCUCUAAAACCAGAGAGAAAUUCUUUUUCACAUGCUUCCAAUGGUCUUUCCAAUUCUUGGUCUGUUGCAAAUAAUGAAGAGACAGCCUCACAUUAUCUAGAUAAAUGUGUGGUUAGUCAAGUCAAUAUAAGUGUAUAUGAACCUCCGUUAGUUGUUAAAAAUGACACUUGUAAAGAAGUUGGUGAUGAACACUUGCAGAGGAAUAAUAAUCAGGAAGUUCUGCCAAAAAUCAAGUGGGGUGAUUUGGAUGAUUCUGCUCUGAUGAUUCAUUCUAGAGACAAUGGUGUGCCUGAAAUAAUGUUUGGUGAAAUUUCCAAUCACAAUUUGGUUGGGAGGAAAAACGAGAAAGCUAAUGAUUCUCUGUUGCCUGUUGAUGAAAAUCCAGUGUCUCAUUUGAUCUCUCAAAUAAAUGAAUCUGUGGAGGAAAAGUCAAAAAAGAUCAAUGAAGUAUUUUCUGAAGAUGUGAAAAAUCAAAUUACUAGUGAAAAGAUAAUAGAACAUAGUUCAGUUGUUUGUGCUGAGGGUCUAAGCUUGCCUUCUAUUCAUGAGGAUUCAAAAGUGGUUGAACCCUCACAAAACUCUGAAUCAGCUGUUCAUGGAGAAUCGUUCUUGGAAAUUUCUACUGAGGAUAUCAGGGGAGAGCAUAAUACUAUUAUUGAUGAAUUUCCUCGAACACAUAACAUAGGUGCUGCUGAGGCAGGUGAGAGUGGUGAAAGUAAAGAGAGGUUUAGGCAACGUCUUUGGUGCUUCCUCUUUGAGAACCUUAACCGGGCUGUCGACGAGCUUUAUUUACUUUGUGAGUUAGAGUGUGACCUGGAGCAAAUGAAAGAGGCUAUUCUUGUUCUUGAAGAAGCUGCCUCAGAUUUCAAAGAGCUCAAUUCAAGAGUGAAUGAAUUUGAGAACAUUAAGAGGACAUCUUCUCAUUUAAUUGACGGAACACCACUAGUCAUGAAGUCUGAUCAUCGGAGGCCACACGCUCUGUCAUGGGAGGUCCGCAGAAUGACGACUUCACCACAUAGGGCCGAGAUAUUGGCCUCCUCUCUUGAGGCUUUCAGAAAAAUUCAAUAUGAGAGAGCAAAGGCUUGGGGAAGUGAUUCUGGAAAACUGGGCUCUGAUUGUGAAGCCAGUGAUACUUUGAAGAAGUGUACUGAGAGAACUCAGAAAAAUGAAUAUGUUAUGAACAGCAAUGGGAAAGAGCCAGUAGCAAAGGCAGGGGGAAAGCUAAAUGGUGCAUCUGAUCUAUUUCAUCGGAGUACAAAUAAAGAGAAAGGAAAUAUUGAUGCAAACAGGUCAAACCCUCAUGCAUGUAGACUGGCUCAGAAAGAUUCUGGUUUUGUUAAUGCUAAAAACAAGAAAGAGAAUAUAAAUGAAAAAAACUCAAAACCUGUUGAUCACUUGAGAAAGCAAAUUCCUCAUUCUGAAAGGGAGAAAGAAAAACAGAAUGGAAUGUCAUGGAAAUCCAUGGAUGCUUGGAAAGAGAAGAGAAACUGGGAGGAUGUUCUUGCAUCACCCUAUCGAGUUUCUUCACGGUUUUCACAUUCACCGGGGUUGAGCAGAAAAAGUGCUGAGCGUGCCCGUGUUUUGCACGAUAAACUCAUGUCUCCCGAGAAAAAGAAAAAGUCUUCCCUUGAUCUGAAAAAGGAAGCAGAAGAAAAACAUGCGAGAGCCACGAGAAUCAGAUCCGAGCUUGAGAACGAGAGAGUUCAAAAGCUUCAGCGGACAUCAGAGAAACUCAACCGAGUCAACGAAUGGCAAACUGUACGCAGUACAAAACUACGCGAGGUAAUGUAUGCUCGUCACCAGCGUAGCGAAUCUAGACAUGAAGCUUACUUGGCCGGGAUUGUGAGAAGAGCCGGCGAUGAAAGCAUCAAAGUUAAUGAGGUCCGUUUCAUUACUUCGCUGAAUGAAGAGAACAAAAAACUCAUCUUGCGUCAGAAGCUUCAUGAUUCUGAAUUGAGGAGAGCUGAGAAACUUCAAGUGUUGAAAACUAAACAGAAAGAAGAUACAGCGAGGGAAGAAGCAGUUUUGGAACGCAAGAAGCUCAUUGAGGCUGAAAAGCUUCAGAGACUCUCAGAAAUACAGAGGAAGAAAGAGGAAGCUCAAGUGAGAAGGGAAGAGGAACGCAAAGCACUAAGUGCUGCACGUGAAGCUAGGGCUAUGGAACAGACAAGGAGAAAGCAGGUCCGGGCCAAAGCCCAACAGGAGGAAGCUGAGCUCUUGGCCCAAAAGUUGGCCGAAAAACUGAGAGAGAGUGAACAACGUCGUAAGUUUUAUUUGGAACAAAUAAAGGAACGUGCCUCAAUGGAUUUCAGGGAUCAGUCACCGUUAUUGCGCCGCAAGGAAGUGCAGGGAAGAUGUACACCCAACAGCAGUAGCGACGAUUUUUUGGGAAACAUCUGUUCUGGCUCUGAAGGGAGCAUCCUUGCCUCUAGCAGUACAACAUUGCAGCAUUCACUCAAACGAAGGGUAAAAAAGAUCCGUCAAAGACUUAUGGCUUUGAAGUAUGACUUGAUUGAGACAUCAGCUGGAGCCGAGAACAAUGGUUUUGCAUAUCGAACUGCAGUGGCUACUGCAAAGAUAAAAAUUGGGAAAUGGCUUCAGGAACUUCAGAAGCUUCGCCAAGCAAGAAAUGCUGGGGCAACACCGUUUGGACUAAUUGCGGCUGAAAUUAUCAAGUUUAUAGAAGGAAAGGAUGCUGAGUUGCAAGCUGCUCGCCAAGCUGGCCUGCUUGAUUUUAUAGCUUCUGCUCUGCCUGCCACACACAUAUCAAAACCUGAAGCAUGUCAGGUCACACUGUAUCUCCUGAGACUUCUGAGGGUGGUUCUAUCAACGCCAUCAAACAGGAGUUAUUUCCUUGCACAGAACCUACUUCCCCCAAUCAUCCCCAUGCUGGCAGCAUCUCUUGAAAACUAUAUAAAAAUUGCAGCAUCAUCAAAUGCAUCUGGCACAACCAAUUCAAACUCCAGUAAAAUAUCACCUGACAAUUUGGAGUUGAUUUCUGAUGUUUUGGAUGGUUUCCUCUGGACUGCAGCUGCAAUUAUCGGGCACCCUAGAUUAGACGAGUGUGACCUUCGGUUGCAGGAUGGUCUAAUAGAGCUAGUGAUAUCAUAUCAAAUUAUUCACCGCUUACGGGACCUGUUUGCUAUUUAUGACCGACCCCACGUAGAAGGAUCCCCUUUCCCUUCCUCAAUACUUCUGAGCAUCAACCUACUGGCAGUUCUAACAUCCAGAUUCAGAAACAUGUGUUUAAUUGAUUGUAAAUCUAUUCCUAAAGCAAGCAAUGUAGAGGUUAAACUGGAUGAGAUUGCAGAAGAUGAACAGUUAUCCAGCAGUUGUAGGCAGGAUGCUACGUUGCCAUUUGAAGGUGUACCCUUAGAUACUGUGAGAGAAUCUGCCAUUGCAUCCUGUGACAUGCAGAGUGAUGUGGUAGACACUAAUUUAGGCUCUUUGUCUGUUUCUCAUAAGGAUGAAAACCCUGUUGUUAAUAAUAGUGGAGGAGAAUCAAAGAGUGGAAAUGAGUUGGGCUCAAAACAACCUGCUGUAGCUUUUCUUCUCUCUGCAGUACAUGAGACGGGCUUGGUGUGUUUACCAUCCAUGCUAACUGCUGUACUAUUACAAGCUAAUAACAGAUUCUCUGAACCAGCAUCAUAUGUUCUUCCAUCUAAUUUUGAAGAAGUGGCAACUGGAGUGCUAAAGGUGUUGAACAAUUUGGCUCUGAUAGACAUAUCUUUUAUACAAACAAUGCUGGCCAGACCAGACCUGAAAAUGGAAUUUUUUCACUUAACAAGCUUUCUGCUUUCUCAUUGCACUAACAACUGGGCGCUAGCAACAGAUCAGGUUGGUCUACUAUUGAUGGAAUCACUGUCGCUACUUGGCUACUUUUCAUUAUUCCACCCUGAGAAUCAAUCUGUUCUUCGCUGGGGAAAGAGCCCCACCAUACUGCACAAGGUAUGCGACCUCCCUUUCGUGUUCUUCAGUGAUCCUGAGUUGAUGCCGGUUCUAGCAGGUGUUCUAGUUGCUUCCUGCUUUGGAAGUAGUGAGCAGAAUAAGGGCAUCAUUCAACAAGAGCUAAGUACAGAUAUGAUCCUUUCUUUGCUCAAAGCUUGCAGAAAUAGUUUGCCUUCUGUCUGUAAUAAUUCUUGGGCAGAUGAGUUGAUUCUUAAGAACCCCUCCUCGGCCGACCUCUCUCAGAGGUUUUCUCCUCCCUCCCGUGGAAAUUGUCCUCCCCGGAAUGCUCAGAUUCUUUCACAAAAAGGAGGGACCCUGACUAGCGCUAGAACCUCCAAAAUCCGACACUACCAAAAAGUGGGAAAAGGCUGUGAAGGUGGGAAAUACUCAAUGAAGAGAAGUAAUAAUUCUUCUUGUGCCACUGCUGCUUUGAUGUUGAAUUCAAGAUUUGCUCCGAGCGUUAUAGACAAAGCAGAGGCGUUCUUUGCAGCUGAUUGAAGAGGUUGAAAUUGAUUCCACGUCUUACCACACAGUAUGCUCUGCUCCAUAACCAGUCAUUGUGCUCAAACAUACAUAUGGGGAAUAAACUUAUAUGAGUAAAUUCCAUAAAUGAUCCCUGAUUAUAUGUGAUUUUCCAUAUUCAGUCCCCAACUCUAAGGUAUUGCAUAAAUGGUCCCCAAGUUUUGAAAAGUAUUCCAUUAUUAGUCCUUUAGCCCAUAUAUGACAAUAUUUUUUUCCACAAAUAGUCUCGGAAGGACCGAUUGUGGAAUAGUUUUCAAAAAUUAAGGACCAUUUAUGUAAUAUCUUAAAUUUGGAGACUAAAUGUGGAAAACCAUAUGUAAUUAGGAACUAUUUAUGGAAUUUACUCAACUUAUAUUUGUCAUUGCUUUGACGGAGCUAGUAGAGAUUCGGCAUUACAAUGAGGGCAGGCUGUGCAGAAAUGGGAUCUACUUGUAGCAGUGGUUGAGUCUUUUGACAAUGCUGUAGAAAUGUAACAUUGUGUACCACAGUAGAAGAAUAACAACAAAAAAGUGCAGGUGAAAUGUAAUAUACUACAGUACAUUCUUGCAUUUAAAGCAUAAGCACAUUGCCUUAAAAGAAAUGGCCUCUCCAUUUAUUGGGGUUGUUUCACCAUCCAUUAUCAAUUAAACUAUCAGAUUUAUU